AGGUGUACUGUACUGUCUUCUCUCUCGGUUUCCUGUCCUUGGUUCAGAUCGUCUUUUCAGAUCAGGAAAAAAAAGGAGAGAUGAAGGAGGCGACGGCGUCGGGGGGCGGCGCGACGGCGACGGCGAACGACCCGAGGCAGCCGGCGACGGCGAGGCCGUACGCGCCGCCCAAGCUGUCGUCGCAGGACCUGCCCGUCGACUACGCGGGCUUCCUCGCCGUCGUCUUCGGCGUCGUCGGCGUCAUGCUCCACUACAAGGUGUGCUCGUGGAUCGCCAUCAUCUUCUGCGCGCAGUCGCUGGCGAACAUGAAGAACUUCGAGAAUGACCUCAAGCAGCUCUCCAUGGCUUUCAUGUUUGCUGUCAUGGGUUUGGUGACGAACUAUUUCGGGCCUCGCCCAGGCGGCACAAAACGCUAAUCUGCACACCAUGCGCCAUAUGAAGUUUCCUGUUAAAUUUUUGGUGCCUCGAAGCUACUGGCAUGGUGGCGCCCACCCACACUUCCGAAUCAUUGAGUCGGGCACGCGUCAAAUGUACCACCUCAUUUGUAGGGACCAAGACAUGUAUCAUGAUGCUCAGUAAUCUAUUUGCACGGUACUUGUUCUUCCAGUUUUAUUAUAAAGAUAGUUGAAGGGUCUUUGCCUACAUCACCA